CCGCCGCCUGCGCGCCCGCCCGCCGCCGCCGUCUCCCGCGGCCGCUCCCCCCUCCCCGACACACGCUCACAGGCCGGGCAUUGAUGGUAAUGUAUGCGAGGAAACAGCAGAGGCUCAGUGAUGGCUGUCACGACCGGCGGGGGGACGCGCAGCCUUACCAGGGGGGUGAUGUUUUACAGGCACUUAAGUAUUCAUCGAAGAGUCACCCCAGUAGUGGUGAUCACAGACAUGAAAAAAUGCGAGACGCCGCAGAUCCUUCACCACCAAACAAAAUGUUGCGGAGAUCUGAUAGUCCUGAAAACAAAUACAGUGACAGCACAGGUCACAGUAAGGCCAAAAAUGUGCAUAUUCACAGAGUUAGAGAGAGGGAUGGUGGGACCAGUUACUCUCCCCAAGAAAAUUCACACAACCACAGUGCUCUUCAUAGUUCAAAUUCACAUUCUUCUAAUCCAAGCAAUAAUCCAAGCAAAACUUCAGAUGCACCUUAUGAUUCUGCAGAUGACUGGUCUGAGCAUAUUAGCUCUUCUGGGAAAAAAUACUACUACAAUUGUCGAACAGAAGUUUCACAGUGGGAAAAACCAAAAGAGUGGCUUGAAAGAGAACAGAGACAAAAAGAAGCAAACAAGAUGGCAGUUAAUAGCUUCCCAAAAGAUAGAGAUUACAGAAGAGAGGUGAUGCAAGCAACAGCCACUAGUGGGUUUGCCAGUGGAAUGGAAGACAAGCAUUCCAGUGAUGCCAGUAGUUUGCUCCCACAGAAUAUUUUGUCUCAGACAAGCAGACACAAUGACAGAGACUACAGACUGCCAAGAGCAGAGACUCACAGUAGUUCUACGCCAGUACAGCACCCCAUCAAACCAGUGGUUCAUCCAACUGCUGCCCCAAGCACUGUUCCUUCUAGUCCAUUUACGCUACAGUCUGAUCACCAGCCAAAGAAAUCAUUUGAUGCUAAUGGAGCAUCUACUUUAUCAAAACUGCCUACACCCACAUCUUCUGUCCCUGCUCAGAGAACAGAAAGAAAAGAAACUACAUCAGGAGACAAGUCUGUAUCACACUCUUGCACAACUCCUUCCACAUCUUCAGCCUCUGGACUGAACCCCACGUCUGCACCUCCAGCAUCCGCUUCAGCAAUUCCUGUCUCUCCUGUUCCACAGUCACCAAUACCUCCAUUACUUCAGGACCCAAAUCUGCUUAGACAGUUGCUUCCUGCUUUGCAAGCCACGCUGCAACUUAAUAAUUCUAAUGUGGACAUAUCCAAAAUAAAUGAAGUUCUUACAGCAGCUGUGACACAAGCCUCAUUGCAGUCUAUAAUUCACAAGUUUCUUACUGCUGGACCAUCUGCUUUCAACAUAACUUCUCUGAUUUCUCAAGCUGCUCAGCUCUCCACACAAGCCCAACCAUCCAAUCAGUCUCCAAUGUCUUUAACGUCUGACGCAUCAUCCCCACGAUCAUAUGUGUCUCCAAGGAUAAGCACACCCCAGACAAACACAGUCCCCAUCAAACCUUUGAUCAGUACUCCUCCUGUUUCAUCACAGCCAAAGGUUAGUACUCCAGUAGUUAAGCAAGGACCAGUUUCACAGUCGGCCACACAGCAGCCUGUAACUGCUGACAAGCAGCAACAAGGUCAUGAACCUGUCUCUCCUCGAAGUCUUCAGCGCUCAAAUAGCCAGAGAAGUCCGUCACCUGGUCCAAAUCACACGUCUAGUAGUAAUGCAUCAAAUACAGCAGUUGUACCACAGAACUCCUCUGCCCGACCUCCGUGUUCACUAACACCGACGCUCGCAGCACACUUCAAUGAAAAUCUCAUCAAGCACGUUCAAGGAUGGCCUGCAGAUCAUGCGGAGAAGCAGGCAUCAAGAUUGCGAGAAGAAGCCCAUAACAUGGGAAGCGUUCAUAUGUCAGAAAUUUGUACUGAAUUAAAAAAUUUAAGAUCUUUAGUCCGAGUAUGUGAAAUUCAAGCAACUUUGCGAGAGCAAAGGAUACUAUUUUUGAGACAACAAAUUAAGGAACUCGAAAAGCUAAAAAAUCAGAAUUCCUUCAUGGUGUGAAGAUGUGAAUAAUUGCACAUGGUGUUGAGAACAGGAACUGUAAAUCUGUUUCCCAGUCUUAACAUUUUUGAGCUGCAUUUAAGUAGACUUUGGACCGUUAAGCUGGGCAAAGGAAAUGACAAGGGGUCGGGGUCUGUGAGAUUCAAUUCAGGGGAAAGAUACAAGAUUGAUUUGUAAAACCCUUGAAAUGUAGAUUUCUUGUAGAUGUAUUCUUCACGUUGUAAAUAUGUUUUGUAGAGUGAAGCCAUGGGAAGCCAUGUGUAACAGAGCUUAGACAUCCAAAACUAAUCAAUGCUGAGGUGGCUAAAUACCUAGCCUUUUACAUGUAAACCUGUCUGCAAAAUUAGCUUUUUUAAAGAAAAAUUUGGGGGGUUAAUUUAUCAUUCAGAAAUCUUGCAUUUUCAAAAAUUCAGUGCAAGCGCCAGGCGAUCUGUGUCUAAGGAUGCGAUUUUGAACCAUAUGGGCAGUGUACAAAAUAUCAUGAAACAACUGUUUCCACACUUGCACCUGAUCAAGAGCAGUGCUUCUCCAUUUGUUUUGCAGAGAAAUGUUUUUCAUUUCCCGUGUGUUCCAUUUCCCUCUGAAAUCCUUGAUCUGAUUUUAUCCAUUUUUUAAGGCUCCUCUUUUUCUCCUUUCUUAAGGCACUGUUGCUAUGGCACUUUUCUAUAACCUUUUCAUUCCUGUGUACAGUAGCUUAAAAUUGCAGUGAUUGAGCAUAACCCACUUGUUUGUAUAAAUUAUUGAAAUCCAUUUGCACCCUGUAAGAAUGGACUUAAAAGUACUGCUGGGCAUGUGUGCUGAAAGUACAUUGAUUGCUCAAAUAUGAGGAAAUGGCCCAAUGAACAUGGUUGUGGGAGGGAAGAGGAAACAACUCUAGUCAGAUGUGAAUUGUAUCUGUUGUAAUAAACAUGUUAAAAGAAACAAAAAUUGUUAUUUUUCUUUACCUUCGGUCAAUGCAUAUUAGAAUUUAAACUACCUGGGGAUUCUUUAUCAGAACUAUUCUUGUUGAACAUUUAUACUUCAUUGAAAUAAUUCCUUAAGGGAGGUUUUGUUUAAAGCAUAUUAACAGGAAAAUGUGUAUAAGACUAUUUAAUGAAAUAAAUUCAACAAGAACCGUUAGUCACUUCCCAAGUGGUUGUCUUUUGUUAAAACCCUGGUUCACCUGUCUUGCUAUGAGGACAUUUCAUUUUGAAGGAUGUCUGUGUUGUAGCUAACUGUUCAAGUCUGGUGCUGACUGCUGUUCUUAGCCAUCACAAAACGCUAAAUUUGUGUAAUUGGAGCUUCCUGCUGUUACCUGGAGACGGUGGGAAAGCUCAGCUUUGUAUAUUGUUUCCUAAAGUAUAUUAAAAUAAAAAAAGAAACUAUUGCUACUAUAAAA